AUGAGGAGUCCCUACCUAGCGGCUUUCGCCAUCGCGCUUGCAGCGCUGCUGCUUCUGCUGGCGGAGCCGGCGGUGGCGGCCCCGCCGUGCGUGGAGGCGGGGCUGGCCCCAUGCGACGGCGCCCUGGAGACGGGGAGCCCCUCCAGCGAGUGCUGCGCCCAGUUGAGGCUGCAGCAGCCCUGCCUCUGCGGGUACAUGAGGAAUGAUCCCAAGAUCUGGAACCUGGUCCACUCCCCCAACGGCCACAAGGUCGCCGCCGUCUGCGGCUUUCCCUUCCCCUCCUGCUGA